AUGUCAAGAAACCCAGCCGCUGGAUUGGAGAAUACGUUAUUUCAAUUGAAGUUUACCUCAAAGCAGCUGCAGAAGCAGGCUGCGAAGGCUUCCAAGGAAGAGAAGCAAGAAACCAACAAAUUGAAGAAGGCACUGAAUGAGAAUGAAGAGAUAGCUAGAAUAUAUGCAUCCAAUGCCAUACGGAAGAAAAACGAAAGGUUACAGCUCCUGAAACUAGCCUCAAGAGUUGAUUCAGUUGCAUCUAGAGUACAAACUGCCGUUACCAUGAGACAAGUCUCGAGUUCUAUGGCACAGGUAUGUAAAGGUAUGGAUAAAGCGCUUCAAAACAUGAACUUGCAACAAAUAACCAUGAUCAUGGAAAAAUUCGAACAGCAGUUCGAGGAUCUCGAUACAAGCGUCAAUGUAUAUGAAGAUAUGGGUGUUGCAUCAGACGCUGUGUUGGUAGACAACGAUAAAGUGGAUGAGCUCAUGGGUAAGGUUGCUGAUGAGAACGGCAUGGAGUUGAAACAAAGUGCAAGGCUGGAAAAUAUACCUGAUAUUAAGCAAAAAGAGACUGUUGAUGAUGAAAAGGAGGACAAACUGGCCGAAAGAUUAAGAGCACUAAGGGGGUAA